AUGGUAGAGGUGCUGCUUAGCAUCGCACGAGGGGCCUGGUUGAAGAGCAGUCUGGGCUAUGUCCAGAGGGAGGGAGACCAGCUCAGCCUAACCUACAUCGCCCCUCAGCUGGGAUACUGGGUGGCUGCCAUGUCCCCACUAGACACAGGUCCGGUGGUGGCAAAGGACAUCAGUACGUACCACACUGUCUUCCUAUUGGCCAUACUGGGAGGCAUGGCUGUCAUCCUCCUCUGCCUGCUCUGUCUACUACUGUACUACUGCAGGCGUGGUUGUGUGAAGCCUCGUCUGUCCCAGCGGAAGCUGACUCUGUCGUCUGGUCUGGAGGGCAGUAAGAGAGACCAGUCCACCUCCAUGUCCCACCUCAACCUCAUCAGCAGCGAGGUUCAUUUGGAGCUGGUCUCUACGACAGCAGAACCCGACAUGACCACGCCCAUGCUCAAACCCUCCUCCUACGAUCGCCAUGACCUGGUCUCCCAUGGCAACCACAGUCGCAUGUCGCUAGGAAACCACAGCCGAAGUCGUCAUGGUUCGUCGCUAGGCAACCUGACGCCGCGCAGCAGAGACUACCGUCAGUCUGUGGAGACGUUCCCGUUAAAGUCAGCCCUCUCCACCGGGACGGAUGCCGGCUACCGCCAAUCAUACACCUCCAUCUGCUCAUCCAUCAAUCAGCUCCCAGAUAGACUUUCCUCCUCAAAUCAGGUGCAGGCGUCAGCAAGUCAAUUGAGUGGUGUUGGGGAGGGCGGGACUAGUGUGCGUGAGGCUACCUCGCCCUGCUCCCCACCUGUCUCCCCUAUCAGAGGAGAGGGGUGUGAGCGCAGACCCCCAGACUACCUCCUGUCCCGGUCUGUGGACCACCUGGGCUCCCUGCCCCUCUCCCUCCCCAGGCAGCUGCUGUGCUGUGGGUCCGUGGACCUGCUGAGUGGAGGAGACGGUUACCCCAGGAGGAUCCGGCCCACACUGGUGAUCCCAGCCCACUACAUGCGCCUGCCGGGGGAGCACCCGCUGUGUGGCCAGGCCCUGUUCUUACAGACUGACCAGCAGAGUGACCUGGAGACCAUCCAGGCUGAGCUCAACGCCUCACACUCCCAGCAGCCCCUGGGGCAAACACACGCCGAUUAUGCUACCGCCUCAGCCAACCAGGGACAAGGAGAGGGGCAAGGGGAGUGGAGCAGCCUAUCAGAGUCCCUGUCUAUCCCGACAGCACUUGGGGAGGCAGGGAUUAUGCAAAUGAACGGCGAGGACACGCUAUUGGCCGAGAGGAAACUGAUGGAACUGCGGGGAGGGAAGCCCCUCACACACCCGCGCGCCUGGUUCGUCUCAUUGGACGGUCGGUCUAACGCCAUCAGACACUCUUACAUAGACUUGCAGCGGGCUGGGCAAGCCAAGGGGAAUCCAGGUGGAGGAGGUAGCCAUGGUAACAACAGUGGUGGUAGACAUGUCAACGGAAACGACGCAAGUCUGGACUCCGGGGUGGACCUGAAUGAGCCCAGAGCAGGGCGGAGGGGGAGGGAGGUAGAGAGGAAGGUAGGAGAGAGGGAAAGAGAGAAAGACAGAGAGAGGGGGAGGACAAAGAGCGGCCCUCCUGCCAUGGCCUACACCCAGCUGGUAUAUGUGGAUGACCUGGAGGGGGAGACUCCUGAGUGUAGCCCCCAGGACAGCCCUUUAGGUCCAGGGUUGCAGAACACACAGGAACAUCAACAAGUAGAGGAAGAGGAGGAGGACAGAGGAGAGGAAGACGAGGCGGAAGAGGAACACAGAGGAGAGGGGAUGAUACAGGAAAAGGCUCCUUCACCCCUCUCCUCCCCCUCCUCCUCCUCCUCCUCUCCACCCCCACUCACAGAGACGGAGGGUGUGGUCUUCAGGACUGACAAUGACCAGACGGCCCUAUUGUCUGUUGCCCCUGACGACCACGGAGAGGAGGAGAAGAAGAGCCCCUGGCAGAAGAGGGAGGAGCGCCCCCUACUGGCAGUCUUUAACCUCAAAUAACCUCUGACCCUUGAACUAUGACCUUACUUCCCCUCCCACCACCCCACCCCAGAGUGACAUGAAGAAGGAUUGGCCAGCUAUAGAUCCAGAUCAUUCAGGAAGUACAUCUGCACUGGGAGCUAAAUGGAACUUUCAGUGAAUGGAAACGAUUGGAACAGUUGGAACUCCAUACAUUCUAAUGUCUAAUCCUUCCUGUGUUUCAUCAUAGCCCCACACUACAUGGACAGGCCACUGACUAGACAUGCCAUAGAGACUUUGUCUGAGUGAUACAGAUGAACUCCUGAAGUAAAAACAAACUAAACAACGUCAGAGAACAUGUAAUGCACAACUGCUAUGCCUUUAGUAAAUUAGCUGUCAGCAAAAAUGGGCUGUAGAAUAAAGUAGAGACAGACAAUGAGUGUUUCAAUACUUAGCAGCAGCCUCCUUUCCUCAGUCUUAUCUGCUUCAGUCUACUGAUCUGAAAAGCAUUGGACAAGUAAAAGCAAUAUGGCGGAUGUCUACUGGCAGGUCUAGGUAGAAGGAGUAGUAGUGUUUUAAGAUCAGUAACUAGGACAGGAUUUACAUACAGCAGGAAAGGAAGCUACUCUAAUGUAUAAUGCUGCAGGUAGAUGUUGCCCAGAGGCACAGAUCUACGAUCAGUUUUUCCCCCACAAGUCUUAAUUUGGGCGGCAGGUAGCCUAGCGGUUAGAGCGGUGGGCCAGUAACGUAAAGAUCGCUGGUUCGAAUACCCAAGCCAAGAAGGUGAAAAAUCUGUCGAUGUGCCCUUGAGCAAGGCACUUAACCCUGAUUUGCUCCAUUUGCUCCGUACUACUAUGGCUGCAUCUAUCCAGUGUAUGUGACACUAAAACAUAUUUUGUUUAGUUAUUUUUUUAGGUUUCCAUUUUCCAACGUUUAGGGUACCUUAGAUUAGUGUGUGUGUAACUUCAGUUUCCCAUCCACACGACUGGUGAAUCAGAUAAUGGGAUACAGCCCCCUCUGUUGGUGACUGUUGAUAUUGCAGCACUCGACCAGUGAGGUUUAUUAUGAAGGUUUUUGUGUGUUGAACCACUGACUUCGGCAUACUUUGCUCUGAACGGCUGGCUAUGCAUCACUUUUAUACAGUUGCUUGAGAUGCCUUGUUUUGUAAUUUUAAGUACUCUGUGAUUUUAGUUGCCAAACUAUUUUACUCAAAUACGUUUAUGCUAUUUUCUACUCGGAUAUGUUUUAUCGUUUUUUUCCCUUACUGUAAGUACAGAGUUUUAAAACACACACACACCCAAGCCUUUUCUCUGAAACCAAACUGCAUCCUGAGGUUUGGAAACCACUAAUCGACUUCCUCGUUUUCCAAGUGCCUUUGAACAAGUUGACUCGUACACAUCAGUUGAUCAGUUCAGUUAGCUAUUUAUUUCUCCUCUCCCCUGUUGAGCUCUAACCCUCCACUACCUCAUCCCUCUCUCCUCUCCUCCCUCUGUCCCUGGCAGACAGCAUGCAGUAACCCCCUCUCUCCUCUCCUCAGUCACAAAGGGAGGAUGCUGUGUGGCCAUAGCUAGAUUGUUUAUUGACUUUUGCAUCUGCCUCUGUGUGCCAGUGUGUGGGCCCGUCUCUGUCUGUAGUCAUGUCUUUCUGCGCAAGCAUGUGCCUGAGUGUUCAUAUCUGUGCGUGCAGACAAUAUACUGCAGGUCGUGUGUGUGGGUGACAGCAUAUGACAUCUGAGGCAUUACAGUGUAUAUAGUUCUCUCCUCUACAUGUUGACAUGUGAGCUAGUGUUGUGAAUGACCCCUCAUCCUCUCUCUCUCUCUCUGUACUCCAUCACCAUAGUAACCACUCUGGGAGAGUACUGUAUGUUACUGUUCCAUCCAUUCUGAAUGUCUUAACUGGUUGCUUGUAUUAUAAUUUACGCUUAUUAUUCUGAAUAAAGAGACAAACUGGA